UUUCUGUCUCUCUCUUUGUCGUUUAUUCGUCCACAUUCCAAGCUGAACGCCUCUUCCGAUUUUCUACAUUUCAAUUUCAAAAUCGGAGCGGCGAUUAAACAGAGCUUAUGUUGCUUUCAUAUGCUAGAUUUCUUCAACAUUAGUGUUUUUUUGUUGGCAUAUGUGAAUGAAUUGAAGAGCUUGUGCAUACGAUUAUAGCGAUAAUUUGUUGGAUAGAGUUUGUAGAUUGAAGUGAUUUGGGAUUACAAUUCUGCAUUUGCUUAAGUUGUAAGUGCAGCGGUGGGUUUGAUCUGUUAUUGUGCAGUGUUGUUUAUAUAUUUAUUGAGUUUUGGUUGAGGAUUGGCUGCGCUGAUUGAGGUGGAACUGGAGUUUCUGAUCUGGUUGAAGUUGUUGCAGCACGAUGGUUGCUUCAGCUGCUACAGGAGUUGGCUCUCUUGUUUGGGUGGAGGAUGCUAAUGAAGCCUGGUUAGAUGGAGAAGUUGUUGCAGUCAAUGGUGAAGACAUUACAGUCCUUUGUACAUCAGGGAACACGGUUGUUGCUAGGUGUUCUAAUGUCUAUCCCAAGGAUGCUGAUGCUCCAUCUUGUGGGGUGGAUGAUAUGACCAAGUUAGCAUAUUUGCAUGAACCUGGAGUUCUGCAGAAUUUAAAAUCUAGAUACGAUAUUAAUGAGAUAUAUACUUACACUGGUAGUAUAUUGAUUGCUGUCAAUCCUUUUCAAAGAUUGCCUCAUCUCUAUGAUAGUCAUAUGAUGGAACAAUAUAAAGGAGCAGCCUUUGGUGAGCUGAGUCCACAUCCAUUCGCUGUUGCAGAUGCUGCUUACAGGCUUAUGAUGAAUGACGGAAAGAGUCAGGCAAUUUUGGUUAGCGGUGAGAGUGGGGCAGGUAAAACAGAAAGCACAAAGUUGCUUAUGAGAUACCUUGCUUACAUGGGAGGACGAUCUGCAGGAGAAGGAAGGUCAGUCGAGCAACAAGUUCUUGAGUCAAAUCCUGUUCUUGAGGCAUUUGGUAAUGCAAAGACAGUGAGAAAUAAUAAUUCAAGUCGUUUCGGUAAGUUUGUCGAGCUUCAGUUUGAUCAAAGGGGUAGGAUCUCUGGGGCUGCCGUCAGAACAUACUUGCUUGAAAGAUCUCGUGUUUGUCAACUGUCAGAUCCUGAAAGAAACUAUCACUGUUUCUAUAUGCUCUGUGCUGCACCCCAAGAGGAAGUUCAAAAGUACAAGUUGGGAAACCCAAGAACAUUUCAUUAUUUGAACCAGACAAAUUGCUAUGAGCUUGAUGGAGUUGAUGAUGCCAAAGAAUAUAUAGCAACAAGGAAAGCAAUGGAUACUGUGGGAAUCAGUGUUCAGGAACAGGAUGCCAUAUUUCGAGUCAUUGCUGCAAUUCUCCACCUUGGAAACAUUGAAUUUGCAAAAGGGAAAGAAAUUGACUCAUCAAUGCCUAAAGAUGAAAAAUCUUGGUUUCAUUUAAGAACUGCUGCUGAGCUUUUCAUGUGUGAUGCAAAAUCCUUGGAGGACUCGCUCUGCAAAAAGGUUAUUACGACUCGUGAUGAGUCCAUAAUCACGGAUGUGGAUCCAAAGACUGCUGCUUCUAGGAGGGAUGCUCUAGCCAAAGUUGUAUACUCAAGGCUAUUUGACUGGCUUGUGGACAACAUUAAUAAUUCAAUUGGUCAAGAUCCAAAUUCGAAGUAUUUAAUAGGGGUCCUGGAUAUAUAUGGAUUUGAGAGUUUCAAGACUAACAGCUUCGAACAAUUUUGCAUAAACUUGACUAAUGAGAAGCUUCAGCAGCAUUUUAAUCAGCAUGUUUUCAAAAUGGAGCAAGAAGAGUAUACAAGAGAAGAAAUUGAUUGGAGCUACAUUGAGUUCAUUGACAAUCAAGAUAUUUUAGAUAUGAUUGAGAAGAAGCGAGGUGGCAUUAUCGCUCUUCUUGAUCAAGCCUGCAUGCUUCCUCGUUCAACCCAUGAAACAUUUGCCGAAAGUCUGUACCGGGAGUUUAAGAACCAUAAACGCUUCAGCAAGCCCAAGCUGGCUCGUUCUGAUUUUACCAUUUGCCAUUACGCUGGUGACGUAACUUAUCAAACUGAGUUGUUUCUGGACAAAAACAAGGAUUAUGUAAUUGGGGAGCAUCAGGCACUCCUGAAUGCUUCUGAAUGCUCCUUUGUUUCUGGUCUGUUCCCAGUAUCAGAUGAGGAGUCCUCCAAACAGUCCAAAUUCUCUUCCAUUGGCUCAAGAUUUAAGCAACAACUGCAAUCUCUUCUAGAAACUCUGAGUUCAACUGAACCUCAUUAUAUUCGCUGUGUGAAGCCAAACAAUCUUCUUAAGCCUGCAAUAUUUGAGAAUCAUAAUGUCCUGCAACAACUGCGCUGUGGGGGUGUUAUGGAAGCAAUUAGGAUCAGUUGUGCUGGAUAUCCUACUAAACGACCAUUCUACGAAUUUAUAGACCGAUUUGGCAUCCUUGCACAUGAAGUUCUAAAUGGAAGUACUGAUGAGGUUGCUGUUUGCAAGAAGCUUCUUGGGAAAGUAGGACUUGAAGGAUAUCAGAUUGGUAAAACAAAAGUGUUUCUGAGAGCUGGGCAGAUGGCCGAGCUGGACGCUCGAAGGACUGAGGUGUUGGGAAGAUCAGCAAGCAUAAUACAGAGGAAAGUUUGUUCUUAUAUGGCUCGAAAAAGUUUCACAUUAAUUUGUCGAUCUGCAAUACUUAUUCAAUCUGUAUGCCGAGGAGAACUUACACGGAAAAUAUAUGAAAACAUGCGUCGAGAAGUUGCUUGUCUUAGGAUUCAGAGAGAUUUGCGUAUGCAUCUUGCCAGGAAAACAUACCUAGAGCUAUGCUCGUCUGCUAUUUGCAUUCAAACUGGGAUGCGUGGAAUGGCUGCUCGUAAUGAGCUCCGCUUUAGAUGGAAGACGAGAGCUGCAAUUGUGAUCCAGAGUCAUUGUCGCAAGCUCUUAGCUCGUUUAGAAUAUACGAAGCUGAAAAAAGCUGCAAUCACCACGCAAUGUGCAUGGAGGUCAAAGGUUGCUCGUGGCGAACUGCGUAAACUGAAGAUGGCUGCAAGAGAAACUGGUGCUCUGCAAGCUGCCAAGAACAAAUUAGAGAAGCAAGUUGAAGAAUUGACUUGGAGACUGCAGCUAGAGAAACGAAUGAGAGGUGACCUAGAAGAGGCAAAAACACAAGAGAAUACAAAAUUGCAAACAGCUCUGAAAGAUCUUCAGCUACAGUUCAAAGAAACUAAAGACAUGUUGUUGAAGGAAAAAGAAGUUUCAAAAAGGGCUGCUGAGCAAAUCCCUGUAAUUCAGGAGAUUCCGAUCAUUGACCAUGAAAUGAUGGAUAAACUCAGUGCUGAAAAUGAAAAGCUCAAGGCCCUGGUUAGCUCUCUGGAAACCAAAAUAGUUGAAACAGAGAAGAAAUAUGAAGAGACAAACAAACUUAGUGAGGAGAGGUUGAAGCAAGCCAUGGAUGCAGAAUCAGUGAUAGUGAAAUUGAAGACUAAUAUGCACAUUCUUCAAGAGAAGAUCUCUGACAUGGAAACUGAGACCAAAAUUCUUCGGCAUCAGACCUUGUUGACCAAUUCCAAGCCAGGACUUCAAUCAGAAUUUGGUAACAGGGUAUUGGAAAAUGGGCACCAUGCUAGCGAAACAAUUAGAACCAAUGAUAUACCACAUACCCCUGUAAAAGCAUAUGAAACCCCUGGCAGCAAACCAAGGAGACCGCCAACUGAUCGUCUACAGCAUGAGGAUGUUGACACUCUCAUGGAAUGUGUAACAAAAGAUGUGGGGUUCAGUCAAGGAAAACCUGUUGCUGCUUUCACUAUAUACAAAUCUCUUUUGCACUGGAGAUCAUUUGAAGCAGACCGGACUAGUGUGUUUGAUCGUCUUAUUCAGAUGAUUGGUUCAGCUAUUGAGGAUCAAGACAGCAAUGACCAUAUGGCUUACUGGUUGUCAAACACCUCCACCUUGCUGUUCUUACUCCAAAAAAGUCUAAAACCUGCUGGUGCAGCUGCUGCAACUCCUGUCAAGCCGACCUCUCUGUUUGGGAGGAUGGCCAUGGGUUUCCGUUCUUCACCUUCAACUGUCAGCCUUGCUGGUGCUACAGCAGCACUGGAAACAGUGCGCCAAGUUGAAGCCAAGUAUCCUGCUCUCCUUUUCAAGCAGCAGCUCACUGCAUAUGUUGAGAAGAUAUAUGGAAUUAUUCGGGACAACUUGAAGAAGGAGUUAAGUUCACUGCUUGCUUUAUGCAUUCAGGCUCCAAGAACCUCUAAGGGAAAUGCACUAAGAUCUGGGCGAUCCUUUGGCAAAGAUUCCCAAACAAAUCACUGGCAGGGGAUUAUUGAUUGCCUAAACUCCCUUUUGAUAAUCCUGAAAGAAAAUUUUGUUCCUCCUGUUCUCACCCAGAAGAUAUAUGCUCAAACAUUUUCAUCUAUAAAUGUUCAAUUGUUUAACAGCCUUCUACUACGCCGUGAGUGUUGUACAUUCAGCAAUGGGGAAUAUGUCAAAGCUGGACUGGCAGAGCUUGAGCUAUGGUGCUGCCAAGCCAAAGAAGAGUAUGCAGGUUCAGCUUGGGAUGAACUAAAACACAUAAGACAAGCUGUUGGGUUCCUGGUUAUACAUCAGAAGUACAGAAUAUCUUAUGAUGAAAUCACUAAUGAUUUAUGUCCUAUUUUGAGUGUUCAGCAGCUCUACAGAAUAUGUACAUUAUACUGGGACGACAACUAUAACACUCGUAGUGUGUCUCCUGAAGUUAUAGCCAGUAUGAGGGUGCUAAUGACAGAGGAGUCAAGCUCUGCAAGUAGCAGCUCAUUUCUGUUGGAUGAUAGUUCCAGCAUCCCGUUCUCGGUUGACGAUCUUUCCAACUCAAUUGAAGUGAAGGAUUUCAUAGAUGUGAACCCAGCACCGGAUCUUCUUGAGCAUCCCGCCUUUCAAUUUUUACACAACUGAGGCAGUGGAACCAAGAUAACGGUGGGUUGGAUAUCACAUACUGUAAAUUCGUUUUCAAAUUUUGUUUCUAUAAAUUACAAAAAGUUAUUCUUUAUUUGUUGUUUUUUAGUUUGUUCAAAGUUUCUCCGCAUUAGGGGCAGGAAAUUCAUUCAAUCUGCAAAAUGCUUUGGUGCUUUUGUAUGGUUUUUGUCGGGCCAAAUUCUUUUUUUUAGAUUAGGAAUAUAUGCCUUCUCCAGAGGUGGUUGGGGAUUACCACCCUAGUGUAAUUUGUAAGUCGUUCAUGUUUUACAAAUAUAUAGUGAAAAAGAAUGUUGAUAGGUUGUUGUACGCAGUUUGUUUGUAUUCGACUUUAUACACUUGAGUGGAAAAUACUUAUACUCCCUCUAUUCCAACUUA